UACUUUUCCUUAAUUCGAGAGGAAGUACUCACACACGUGGGUAAGUGUCUUAGCAAGGCAAGCAAGAGGGAGUCCCAAGCUUCCAAAAAAAUAUCUAGCAUCAUUACAUCGCUGAAUUGUGGAGUUUCUUGGCGAUGGAGGAAAAUGGGGAAGCUGUUAAUGCUCAGUGGACAAUUAAAGAAGGCGAUCACGUUGUGCUGAAACGAGAAGAUGUUUUUAAAGCGGUACAAGUACAAAAAAAGAGAAAAAUAAUUUUUGAAAAGCAGUGGUUCUUCCUUGAUAACGCUAUUGGUGAAUUGUAUGGAACUAAUUUUGAAGUUGCUUCUGGUGGAACGCUUCAGCCAAGAAAAGUGAAACAUGAAGAAAACCCUCAAGAGACCAAGGAAGCAGGGAUGGACAACAGAAAUAUAGUGGAUGAUGGAAGAUCCCAGAAACUUACCAGAGAUGAUAUUGAAACUUUAAAAGAGCAAGGCUUAAAGGGAAAGGAGAUUGUGCAGCAGCUUAUAGAAAACAGCACAACUUUCAGAGAUAAAACUGAAUUUGCACAGGAGAAAUACAUCAAGAAAAAAAAGAAAAAGUAUGAAAGUGAUAUAACUGUUCUGAAGCCUUCUACUCGUAUUCUAGCAUUGAUGUAUCAUGGUAGAGAACCUGGAAAAAUAUGCCAUUUACGUUAUGACACUCUGGCACAGAUGUUAACUCUAGGGAACAUCCAUGCAGGCAGCAAAGUGAUAGUGUUUGAUACUUGUGCUGGGCUAGUUCUGGGAGCAGUCAUGGAAAGAAUGGGAGGCUAUGGGUCAGUAAUACAAAUGUAUCCUGGGGGAGGGCCAGUCAGAGCUGCUACAGAUAGCUUUGGCUUUCCUGCGCACUUUUAUCAAACACUUCAUGAGUUUCCCCUCGCUAAAGUGAAUGCCCUACUGGCUGGAGCUCUCUCCCUGGAAUCUGAAGAGAAAAGUGGUUUGGAAGAUAGCAGUACAGGGGCGAGAGAGUUGCCCCAAAAAACUGUAUCCGAAGCAGUAGAGAGAGAGGCAGAGCACAGCAGCCCAGAUGUAGAAGCUAUUGUGGUUACCAGUGAGGGACCAGAAGACAAAUCAAAAGCAGAAAGAGAAAACCAGAGAGAGCUCAGAGUUCAAGAAAAGAAAAUUAAACUUGAAGAAAAAAGAAAGAGACUUUUGGCUGCUGCCUCUUUGUUAGAAGGAAGAAAUGCAGAUGGGUUGAUCAUAGCCAGUAGGUUUCAUCCGUGCCCUGUGGUCCUUUCUUUAUUGAAAUUUGUGGCUCCAUCUCGACCUUUUGUAAUAUACUGCCAGUAUAAAGAGCCUUUAAUUGAAUGCUACACAAAGCUCAGGGAGCAAGGUGGAGCGAUCAGUCUCAGGUUGUCAGAAACCUGGCUCAGGCAUUAUCAGAUUUUGCCGAACAGAACUCACCCCAAGCUGUUGAUGAGUGGAGGAGGUGGAUAUCUUUUGUCAGGAACCACAGUUGUCAUGGAUACUGCCAAAUCUUUGGGACCUCAGAGAGUGGAAGAGCCGGCACCUAAGCGGCAGAAACUUGAAGAGGCCAAUGUUUGACUGCAGAAGCAUGAUGUCCAGCUCUUUUCUUCAGACGUAUAAAAAAAAUAUUUCGAGAGUGAGGCAUGUAUCAUUUUGGUGCUUUUAAAAUACUGUGUUGGAGUGCUGAAGGAUGCAACAAAAAUAUUUUUAGAAAUUUGCUUUGUUUUGUGUGGCUUCUCUCCGUCAUGAGGCAGUGAAGCUAUAUUCAGCCUUUUGUAUUCAAAAGUGGGCUUAGAAUUAUGAUUACCUAAAAACCAUUACUGAACUUUUUCUAAAAGUUUAUUUCAAAGUAAGUGCCAAGCAAGAAAUCAAAAACUCUACUAGAGCAAACAUGAGCUGUUAGCCAAGAGACCUAUCUGUAUAUAUUUCAAUAAAGUACUAUAGAAAAAUGUGUUUUUGUUUAUAUUUUCAAGAACAAUGUAUGUAUAAAGGGAGUAAUUUAAAUGUACAUGUAUUGUUAGGAAUACAGAGAGAAGUACAGCUUCUACAUAUUUUACUUUUAAUAACAUCUGUUCUACCCUCUAGGGUGAAUUUAAAUAAAUUUCUAAUGUUGAAACAUUUAUUUUGAAUGAGAAAAAAUAUUGGGACAGAAGGUCAGGUUGAGUAAUUGGGUAGUGAGAAAAGGGUUAUGACCAUCCUUUCAACUUGUCUCACCUUGACUUUGAUGACUUUGAGGUACCAUUUCUGAGCCAAUUUAACUUGAAAGAAGCUACAAAAUAGCCACAUUUAACACUGCACUUGAGUGGAAAAUGAUUUCCUUCUGUGUUGUAUAAAAAGGCAGAAUACAGUACUUAUGUGCUUCUGUCCCCUCAUCCAUGGAGCAUUAUUUUAUUGUCAAUAAGCAAUACUUGCCUUGGCUAUGAAAAGCUGUCAUAAGUAUAAGACUUGGAUGUGGUGAAGGCUUGGUGUUUUAAAUGUCAUCCGAUUUUUCAAAAGUAGUGCAAAUAAAAUGAAUUGUGUGAUAUU